UGACUGGGCUUGAUUCAUGGGUGCAUGAAGCAGAAACACUGAAUUGUUGAUGAGCUGGGAGGGGAGAGAGAGGAAAAGGACAGAGAGAGAGAUAGAGUGUAAAGUCUGGCAGACACUCUCCUCCCACCAAACCGCUUCAAUAAGCCUUGGCCACAGGAGCUGUGAUGGAAAAUUACCCCGAGACCGAAGACAGGUCUGCUCAGAGCAAAGUUCGACUCGAUUUCUCACCAACCCAGGGAAGGAUGGCCAGCGCGGUCGGCUGAACAGAGGGUCUGUGUUUUGCUUCUGGGAUGGCAAACUUUCAAGCCCCGGUCGGUACACGUACAGCCCGCACCUGUGGAUGGAGAGCUAUAUUUCUCCCUCAGCUUAACAGGCAGUCUCUAUCUGUGUAUGGCAGUGAGAUAGCUGUGGAGAAGGAAUGUAUACGCCAGCUGCAGAGUGGAGUCUGGGUCAUCCACCCAUUCAGCUCCUUAAGGAGUUACUACAUCAUGUGUAUGGUUGCCAUCACAUUCCUGAAUUUGAUUGGGAUCCCCAUGGAAAUAGCUUUCUUAGAUGGGUACAGUGGAGUUGGCUGGGAAGGAUUCAAUGUCUUUUCAGAUACUCUGUUCCUGAUUGAUGUGGCUCUGAAUUUUCGUAUGGGUAUCAUCUCUGAGGACAGUGAGGUGGCCAUCCUGGAUAUCAAAAAGAUCCGUGUUAUUUACCUAAAGAGUUGGUUCAUACCAGAUGUGAUUGCAGCAUUCCCAAUUGGCUACAUACUACUAAUUGCGGAGUUACAGUCUCACAGUGAUACCUCCGCCUCGGGGUCCAAGGCCAGCAGGAUGGUGCGAAUUCUCAUGUUUGUUCGAAUUAUCAGUCUCGUCAGGCUUCUCAGAGUUUCCAGACUUGUUCGCUUCUUUAAUGAAGUUGAGAAGGUUUCCAACGCCAAUCUGGAGUAUGUUCAGCUGUUCUUCCGUAUCCUGUCUUUGUUUAUGAUGAUGUUCCUACUGUGCCACUGGAACGGCUGUAUCCAGUACUUUGUCCCGAUGCUGGAGGAGUUCCCAUCCGACUGCUGGGUCAGACAAGAGAAGCUGAUGAACGCCACCGUCGGGGAGAAGUAUUCCUUUGGCGUGUUUCGCGCUCUCUCUCAUAUGAUCCAGAUUGCGUACGGCUCCAACGAGUCUCCAACAAAUGAAGUGGAGCUGUGGGUGGUCAUGACCAGCAUGCUGUCUGGGGCUCUGAUGUAUACAGUACUGGUGGCCAAUGCUGCAGCCAUCAUAACCAAUGUAGACCAAGCAGCAAAAGCCUAUAAGAACAAGAUGAAUCAUCUUGAUGACUACAUGACCUUCUUGAAGCUCCCGAAUGACCUUCGGCUUCGCAUCCAGAAUUACUACCAGGCCCGCUACGGGGGGAGAUGGUUUGACGAGAAGAACUUUCUCGUUUCAGUCUCCACAGCUCUGAGAGAGGAGAUUCUGACGGUGAUGUGCUCAAGUCUGCUGAACAACGUACCCAUGUUCCAGAACCGAGACGUUAACUUCCUGAACACCGUCCUCCUCCAGUUUCAGCAUGAGGUCUUCCAAGAGGAUGAUGUAAUUUUUCACCGGAACGCGCCCGGGGACCGCAUGUUCUUCAUUGAGCACGGCCAGGUCCGGGUGGAGACAGACUCCUUCCCUCAGGAGCUGGCUGACGGAGAUUACUUUGGAGAGUCCUGCCUCAUGACCAAAGGAAGGCGUUUGGCCACAGUUCGGGCUCUUACUACCUGUCAGCUCUUCUCUCUGUCCUCAGACCGCUUCCAGAUGGUUUUGCAGGGAUUCCCUGAUAUCAGGAGAGACUUGGAAAAGUUUGCAAAACAGGACAACGCAGAUAUGAUACAUUUCUAGCACAGCGCAUCCAUUUAAUAAAGACGAAAAAAUAUUCCUGAACAGUUCCUCACACAGAUACAAGGAACAAUUUGGAACUAAAUAGCUGUUUCUAAGACAAGGGUAAUUUGUGAGACAACUGGUUCCAGUUAAAACCUUGAACUAGUGAUAUCUGUGUUUGCAGCAUGUUCUUUUGUUGAUAAAUGUAAUUAUAUAUUACUUUUAAAAAAAUAGAUCUAGUUUUAUAAACAAAUUCAAUAGUUUGAUUUAUUGUACCCUUUAUAGGGAAGGUUGUUGGAGAUUAGAGGGUUAAGAUAUACAAACCUCCCUACCCUAGCAGUCUUCUGAAUGCAAGUAAUGGGUGAUAAACCUGUUGGAUUUUCUAACUCUGGUUGGUUUCCGAUAGUUACACAAACACUUUGCAAGCCACCUUUAUGUGGCUUGCUAGGCUAAUAUAAUCAAUAAACCACAAGUUACCUAAAAACACUGUUUUAGGGUAUAAUCAGGCCCUCAAAGAAGGGCCUUGAAAUGUGUUUGAUUUGAAUUGCAUAUUUGCAAUAUUAAAGCCUAAAAGGUAAGUGUAACAAUUUUUUUAUUCUGGGAAUACCCCUCCAAAGAUAAAAGGGUUCUCAGUAGAACCAUUCAGAGAGGGUUCCUAAACAACCUUGAACUGAUGAAAGAGUUGUUGUUAUAACCAUUUGGAGGGGGUCAUUUGAAGAACCAACUCUACAUUCAAGGUUAUAGAUUAAACCUGAUGUAAAAGGUUCUACUUAGCAUAAAAAAGUGUUCCCCUAUGGUGACAAACUGAAGAACAUACAUAUAUGGUUCUACGUUGCACCCUUCUCCCCCCAGAAAACAUGUUGUGUUAGUGCUGGGCUGGGAAAAAAGCCUGUGCAACCUGUAGCCCCAUCCAUGACCAUUAUUUGUGACCACGUAUAUAUACUUGGUACUGUACAAACUGGUCAAACAUUAUUAUACUUUAUUUAUAUAGGGGUUUGAUUACUACAUAUCUGUUCAAACUAAACAUAUCUACAUAUUCUGUAGAUGCUAAACUGCACAUCAUACAACCAUUAGUCUGAAUUACUACUAGAUAUAAUAUAGAUACAGAAUAAGGACAGUGCAGAUUAUUGUUGCUUUUUCAACAACAACAAAAACAUUUCAGGACAGGUUAUGAUUCAGAUAGUGUUUUUGUUUUUCAAAUUUGAUCAAUGACAAGAAAUAUAAAAGUAUAAAUGUUAUUUUUUAAAUAAAUCCCUUUAUUGUUAAUGCGUCUGUUACAUAAUACAAGGUGCAUUGGAUUAUGAAUCAGCGGAAAUAAAGAAGAAAACAAGAGUUUGAGUUGACUGAGAA